GAGCCGGACCCAGAGCCUCCGCCGUAGGCCCGUAGGCAGCAAAGAUGGUUUCUCCCCCAACCCGAUACCUAGUGUUCUUUCAGUACUUUGGCACUAAAUAUAGUGGGGUUAUGGAGACUUCGAAUGAUCAGACAAUGGUUGGAGUCCAGAAUUAUUUGGAGAAGGCAGCGCAGAACCUAAAACCCGUUGUUCCCAUCAAGUUCCACAUCUCCAGCCGAACAGAUGCCGGUGUCCAUGCACUCUGCAACGCUGCUCACCUUGACAUCCAGAGAGCACCGGGGAAGCCAGCUUUUAAUGAGAAACAGCUCAUCUACAGUCUUAAUUACCACCUGAAGCCUGAGCCAAUCCGCAUUUUGAAUGCCUAUCGAGUGACCAGUAGCUUCCACGCACGCUUCUCUGCCCUGUCAAGAACCUACAUUUAUCGGCUGUUGAUCGGCUGCACUCAUUAUUCUGAAAUACCGGUGUUCGAAAAGGAUCUCUGCUGGGCUCCUGCGGGAGGCUACCUAAAUGUGCCUGCCAUGCAGGAUGCAGCACAGUUCCUGCUGGGAACCCACGACUUCAGCACCUUCCGCUCACUUAACUCUGAAACACCUUUUCAGUCUCCAGUCAGAACCAUCCUCCAGGCAGACAUCCAACCCUCUUCUGGUUUCCUGUCCCACCACUACGAACACAGGGGACUGCAGUUUUGGGAGUUGAAGUUCAGGAGCAGAUCAUUUCUUUACCGACAGGUCCGAAGAAUGGUUGGGGCUCUAGUUGCAGUUGGCCAGGGAAAGUUAACACCUCGUCAUAUAAAGGAGUUACUGGAGGUAAAAGAUUCACGGGCCUUUCCAUCAAAUGCCAUGGCUCCGCCAUCUGGACUCUUUCUAAAAUCAGUGGAAUAUAAUGAAGCAGAUUUGGAUGCCACAAUUGCCCCAGGAGAAUAGCAGCUCUGUGAGAUACAGCCGUGUCUGAAGGGACUGUUGUUGUGGAUAUGCGAUGGAGGUUUGCCAAGGGCUCUUGUCUCAAUAAAAGUCAUUGACUGUGACUGUAGGCAUCUUCCUAUCAUUUGUUCUUGCCCUCUGAGACUGCCAAGGGGAAAGGAAGAACAACUUCAUGCUGCUUUCAGAUAACUGCUUUUUUUUUUUCUUUUUUCUGAAAUUCUGGUGCCUGUCUCUUAAACAGGAGGAGGAAGGAGUGGGGCUUGGGU